UCCAGACGUCUCAGCGCUUUCGCUGCCCAGAGAUAAUAUUCACGGCGAGCAGACGUUUGCGUCAGUGUCAGAUAGGUCUCAAUGCCACCCUGCCCCGGGGGGAGUGCAGCAGGCAGACGGGCUGGGCAGGCAGGCAAGAGCCCGUGGCAAAGCCCCCCAAGUCGCCGUCCCGCUGUGCACCCCACGGUCAUGCUGCUCCUCCUGCACCUGCUCCCUGCCAUGCUGCCCACCGCCGCCCUGGCCGGCUGCACCGGCGCUGGUGCUGACCGGCAGCUCGUCCUGGCCAAGGUGCGGGCUCGGGUGCUGGAGCAUCUGAGCCCCCCGGUUCUCCAGGAGGAGCCCCAGAAGGAAGCAAGGAAGCUGCACCGGAGAGACGUCCCUGAAAGCACCGAAGUCGAGCCGGAGGAGCUGGAGGACACCUCCCAGGUGAUUCUCUUCCCUUCCACAGAUGUGCCCUGCGAGCCCACGCAGCCGGACAAGCUGCUGGAGGAAGAAGGGAUUUUCACCUACCUCUUCCAGCCCUCGGCGCACACCCUGAGCCGCGUGGUGACCUCUGCCCAGCUUUGGUUUUACACUGGCCCCUCGGCCACCCCCAACCACUCGGCCCCCGACGUGCUGACCCUGUCGCCGCAGGGCCGUGUGCCGGUGACGGCCACGGCGGUGCGGACCCCUGAGCACUGGACAGUGUUUCACUUCUCCCCGGCGCUGCUGCCCCAGCUCUUGCAGCCGCUCUUCGUGCUCCUGGUGCGCUGCCCCGGCUGCCCCUGUCUGGCCGAGGAGGACAAGAUGCCCUUCUUGGUGGCCACCACCCGGGCCAAGGGCAGCGAGAGGGCCCGGCGCUCUGCCGUGCCCUGGUCCCCAGCUGCCCUGAGCCUGCUGCAGCGCCCGUCCGAGGACCUGGCCGCCCACACCAACUGCCGCCGGGCUUCCCUUAACAUCUCCUUCGAGGAGCUGGGCUGGGACAAGUGGAUUGUGCAUCCCAGCAGCUUUGUUUUCCAGUACUGCCACGGGAGCUGUGCCGAGGGCCACGGGCUGAGCCACCGCCUGGGCGUGCAGCUCUGCUGCGCCGCGCUGCCCGGCACCAUGCGCUCCCUGCGCGUCCGCACCACCUCCGACGGCGGGUACUCCUUCAAGUACGAGACGGUGCCCAACAUCCUGGCCCAGGACUGCACCUGCGUCUAGGGGCAUCCCACAGCCAGGCCCUGGACCGUGAUCCCACCCAGGAGGAGCUGCUCACCCAAGGGAUCCCCAGCCCCGUGCUGCAGGGUCCAGAGGGACCUGGAGAGGGAUGAGGUUGGGCUGUGCUGCCCUGCCCUGCACAAGCCAGAGUUUUGGGCUGCCCUGGGGCUGGUCAUGCUGCCAGAUCUGUCCUAGGUCUCAGCCUAGAGCAAGCCAGGGAAUGGCAGGGUAGGGACAGGCACAGCCACCGGCAGAGGCACCGACCCCCCGACAAAGCCAGCCUCGUGUCUGCAACUAGCUCAGCCCCUAUUUCUUCCCCCUUGCUCCCCUCCCCAAACUCCCCCCCCCCCCCCCCCCCAAAGAGUGGGAUCCCACUUCUGCUGCAGAGCAAAACAGCCUCCCCGUGCUCCCAGGUGAGGAUGGGGAUGUGCCAGGGGAGCCGGUGCCCAGACCUCACACCGGUGGUGGGGCUGGUGGCACGGACGGUGCUGCAAGCGAGCCCUCUCUCGGCAGCACAGCCUGUCGGAAAGCUUCAUGGGAUGAGUGAAAUAAACCUGUUCCCUUUACCAAA